UGUACUUCCAGUUGGCAGUAAAAAGCCAGGCGGCCGCCGCCGGAAGGUUCAUUCAUGCGGCGCUGGGUGACCAGCUGCGCUCUUUGGGACAUACAUCCAGGGGUGUGCCCGGAUUGCUGUGCAGGACUCUGCUUGCCUGGUACCGGGCAGAAUAAAUGACACUCGGAAGACCGCCAAAAAAAUCAAAAGUUACACUCUUUAGCUCUUUCCAAAUAUGUUACGCUGCGAGCUUUAAACGUCGAUCAGCAUACCCUGGAAUCACGCAAAAGAUGGGGAACGUAUAGCGGAUUAUAGACGAAAAGCAUCGUUGCGCAGUCCACUUUUGGAUCUUUCGAUUAGAGCCUGAGAAUCCAGCUCAUAGAUGCUGAAUUUCGGUAAUAAUAAAGAAAAAACAAAUUAGGAAAAAAUGGGAAAUAAGUCGUUUUUUAUUUGAGCGGAAUGUCAUGUAACUGUAACAUUUGUUAUUUUCUAAACGUUCUAAACUUCCAUAGAGGCCAAACUGUUCCAAAUUGGGUCGCGUUCAGUUGUAGAUUAGGACGUGUAGGAACUUGUUUCGCAGAGGUUGUGAUACUUAACUUUGUUUUUAAAGUGUGAUGGUGCUUUUAAAGUGGACUGUCUGAGCGUCUCUGGCCAUCUCUCACCUGCUAGCCGCACGCAAGACGCCCCAGGCUGCCCGGUUCAGGAAGUCUGCAAUCGCGACAGACAGUGACUCACACAGGGAGUCUGCUGGAGCAAUCGAGUUCGCUGUCCGUGUAAGAAAGAACGAAAAAAAGCAGCUGGCAUGCUUGUUUUUUUUUCGUUCCUUUUCUCUCACUUCACCUUACGGCGAGAAGCGGCACCGACAUGCGUGCGGCGCAAGUGGUUCAGCUUUUAUCGGCUUAGUUAGAUGAUUGUGUUUUUACUUUGGCCAGCGACCCCAAAGGCUAUCAAACGCUAGAUUUUCAUGUUUCCUCAUCUAACAUCAACGGUUUUGGAAAUCUGUCGAUGAUCAUACCGCGAAGUGGAUCCCUAGUCAUUAAAAAGUACCAAGUGGACGUUACUUCGAGGCACAAAUGGUUUUCCUUUGGGACGCCAAAUACGACCCGGCCCCAGGGCGCCGCUUCACCCCCCCAUCCACCACCCUGAGCCCGGGAAAGAUGACUGAAGGAUUGCCUCUGGGGGCUCACGACAGCAGCGGCGCCGCCCUGGUGGGGAAGCUGCGAAUAGCGGACAGGAGUAUGGUGGAGGUGUUGUCAGACCACCCCGGGGAGCUGGUCCGCACUGACAGCCCCAACUUUCUUUGCUCCGUCCUGCCCACUCACUGGCGCUGCAACAAGACGCUGCCCAUUGCCUUCAAGGUGGUCGCUCUGGGUGACAUCCCGGAUGGCACGCUGGUGACUGUGAUGGCCGGGAACGACGAGAACUACUCUGCGGAACUGAGGAACGCCACAGCUGCCAUCAAGAACCAGACGGCACGCUUCAAUGACCUGAGGUUCGUGGGACGCAGCGGCAGAGGGAAAAGCUUCACUCUCACCAUCACCGUCUUCACCAACCCACCCCAGGUGGCCACCUACCAGCGUGCCAUCAAGAUCACGGUGGACGGCCCCCGCGAGCCACGCCGGCACCGGCAGAAGCUGGAGGAAACCAUAAAGCCCGCCCCCCUGGCAUUCUCAGAGCGACUUAGUGAGCUGGAGCAGCUGCGGCGUAGCGCCAUGAGGGGGAGCCCUCACCACCCCCCAACGCCCAACCCCCGGCCUGCCCUCAACAGCGCCCCCUUCAGUGGCUCCACGCAGAUCCCUGACUCCAGGCAGAUGCAGACCUCACCUUCCUGGUCCUACGAGCAGUCGUACCCGUACCUCGGCCAGAUCUCCACAGCCUCCGUCCAUCCAGCCACGCCCAUUUCGCCGGGUAGGGCCAGUGGCAUGUCCGCCCUCACAGACUUCUCCAGCCGGCUCUCAGGUCCAGACCUCACUGCGUUCAGUGACCCACGCAUGGCAGGAUUGGAGCGGCCCUUCUCCUCGCUGCCCUCACUCCCGGAUGGCCGCUUCUCGGACCCGCGCAUGCACUAUCCCGCCGGAGCAUUCACCUAUACAGCCACGCCCGUCACCAGUGCCAUCGGCAUCGGCAUGUCGGCCAUGACAGCGCCCUCAGGCCGCUAUGCCUACUUGCCCCCACCCUAUCCGGGUGGUUCGGCCCAAGGUCAGGGUGGGCCCUUCCAGGCCGGCUCCUCCCCCUACCACCUGUACUACAGCACCUCCACGGGCUCCUACCAGUUCUCCAUGAUGUCAGGGGGGGAGCGGUCGCCGCCACGCAUCCUGCCGCCCUGCACCAACGCCUCCACUGGCUCCGCCCUCCUCAACCCCUCCCUGCCCAAUCAGAGUGAAGUGGCAGUGGAGGCCGAGGGCAGUCACAGCAGCUCCCCCACCAACAUGGCCACCGGGGGAGGCCGCCUGGAGGAGUCUGUGUGGAGGCCUUACUAAGCUGGGCCGAACGGGUUGGGUGGGUGAGGCGGACACUGAACUGGGCAACGGCACCACGGCAUGGGCGGAGUCAUUGUGAUAUUGCUCAUCUAUAAAAAAAAAAAAAAAUUGCUGACAUUUCGUCAGUGUUAAUAAUUAUCGUCAGCGUUGCUAUAAUUGUUGUUUCUAUGACGGAUAGUUAAAAAAAUUAUAAAACAUGCGAGGAGUAAGACAACUAACUGUGAAUGAGCUGUCUGUGUGUCACGUCAACAGGCUGCUGUUCUGGGUUUUUUACAAAUAGAUUUUACUGGAAAAGGUGGAGUUCACUUUAGUGCCAAGAAUGAAAAGCACUGACUACAGCGCCCCCCCCCCCCCGGAAGCCAUCAUAACAGGCACGGCCUGUAAAUUGAGGCACAGACACACAGAGAGGGUGUGGCUAAGCAAGACUUCACAGAACCUUCCCUAGUGGCUCCCUGCUCCAAUGUCCUUCAGUGGCCAGCUUUCGAUUCUGGAACAUUCCCUGGAGGAUAACUCAUUGAGCUUUAUGCAGAUAGGGCAGGGGCUUGGCAGUUAGUUAUCUGAGUAUCAGUGUGGCCCGUUCUUAGAGGAUCAAGAAUGGAGUAGAGAAACAGGCGACAAGACACUUGAGAGCGUGUGAGUGGCCUUAUUGUCACGUAAAAGACAAGGAAACUACGGCCAGCCUGCAGGAUGCUCCGAUUCUUCCAUGUGACUCCUCCCGUGUCAUUAUGGUUUAAUUAUUUAUCGCUUUAUUUAUCUUUUUUAAUUUAUUUAACCACAUCAAGCUGGCUGAGCACUCUGUGGGACAAUUGCUGGAUUUAAAAGCAGCUGAAGACAUUUAAGAGUCUCUUCCCUUUUCAGUAGUUUCACCAAACGCACCAAUAAUGGGUUUCCGGAAAGUCCCAUAUAUACACAUCACUGAACCAACCACCGGGAAGCAGCAAAGGAUUGUGAGAUAAACUCAACCUAUCCUGACAAAUAAGCAAUGGGUUUAUAUGCAGCUGAAGCCACAGGGUCUAAAAUAAUUCACAAAGAAGUUUGGGAAAAGAUGGAGGGACAGGAAGAGAUAAUCAUGUCCCACUUCAUCUCCACACACUCCAACAGGUGAAGUGCCCGCAGGCAUUUCCAGGCACGGUGGAUUAUCUUCUCCCCGUUCCACCAGACACACCUCCCUUCUUCCAUCACAGGGGGAGUAGAGAGGUACUUUCUUAUGCAGCCGCCCUCCAAUGGUGUAAAUAGCCCCUACUGUAAAUGACUGCUUGUUUAUAUCAGCCAUUCCCUAAACCACACAUCAGAUUGCAUCCUCUGCUUUUGAAAUGAGCUAAAUGAAAAAAAAGUUGAUAAUGAUUUCAUAAGUUUUGUUUCAUUUUAUGAAUAUAAACUGUUGUGUUGAAGCA